UCAAGACACGAGUCGAGACGAGACACAAAGAUCUUAGCGAGCUUAUUGUCCAUUUGUGUUUUACGACGUCAAGUACUUACACUUGUUUUUACAACUUUAGCCACACGUUUUCUAGUUUGAACAAGUAAAAGCUUAAGUGUAUCAGCAGGUGUAGUAGCAAGUGGUGAUCAAGUGUUUUUAUAACAAAUUUAAUUCAAGUGUUACAAUUUAGAUAAAUAUUAAAUUAGUACCAAUGAUGCAAGCACAGCAACUGGUGGCUUUACAAACUCCAAAGCCUGUUCCAAAUCUUUACUAUCUCGUAGAUUCCUCUGGUGUUCCUCAUAAUGGAGGAGUUCUACAAAGCGCAGGGAUUCCACACAGCGCGGGAAGUUCUGCAAGCAACUCACCCGUACAAUUCGAACGAUUUUCACCGCCAAAUCAUUUGGUAGACUUGAGUAGUCCUCAGGAGCAUCGAAUGCAACCAGAAUAUCAUCCUCAUCAUCAUCACCAUCAUCAUCUUCAUAAUCCUCAUCAUCAGCAUCAACUACAACAGCAGCAGCAACAGCAUCAUCAUCAUCAUCACCUUCAUCAAGUAUAUCAAUCUGCGACGCCUAAUUUUUAUAAUUACUAUGAUUCUUAUGAAGAUGAAAAAAGAUCACAGGAUUUAUCACAAUCUCAGCUUGAUUACGAUCGACAUGAUUCACCAGGAUUUAUUUCAGAUCACAGUCCAGAACAUGAUCAAAUGUAUGUACCAAACUCAUCAUCUCCUUUGCAAAUGUAUAAUUCACCCGACGGUGCUGGUAGCAGUGGAGCUGGAGAUGAAAUUUCUUCAGGAUCACCUCAACUUCAAGAUUUUAAUAAUUCACAGAAUGAUAUUGUCGAAUAUAAACCAGUGAUAGGAAAUAAAAAAGUACCAUUAGAUAUUAUAAAUGUAACAAAACGUAAAAUAGUAAUGGAAGAAGCUUCAUCAUCUUCGAAAAAUUUUGAUCGUAUUAGUGAAGUUAAAAACGCGGGUGGUUUAAAAAGAAAAAGAAAAGUAAGUGUCAAUGAUGAAUCUGAAAAUGAAAGUAUUGCCUCUUCAUCAGGAUCAAAAAGAAAAAUUCGACGUAAAAGUGGUGCUAGCUAUGAAGAAAUUCAAAAUCAACGAGUUAUGGCAAAUGUGCGUGAAAGACAAAGGACACAGAGUCUAAAUGAGGCAUUUACUUCUUUAAGAAAAAUAAUUCCAACUUUACCAAGUGAUAAAUUAAGCAAAAUUCAAACAUUAAAACUUGCAACAAGAUACAUUGAUUUUUUAUAUCACGUAUUGCACGGCGUAGAUAAUUCGGAUAAUGGCAAUUGUCCUGAUGACAAUGAUGGUCACGUGAGUCCGAGAAAUCCAAUUUUGGAGGCUCGAGAAAUAGCAGCGUCUACCCCGUGCACAUAUAUGGCACACCAGAAAUUAUCAGAUGCAUUCAGAUUUUGGCGAAUGGAAAGUGAUUGGCAUCCAAAUUAAUUUUUAAAAAAUUGUGCUAAAAAUAGUUAUUUUAAGUACAUUCUUUAUUAUUUUUUGUUUUUCUAUUGCGUAUAUCGGCUUAUUUCCUAUUUUCGCUGGACCGAAAAUACUGUGAAAUGCCAAAAGAAGAUUUAUUUGCGUAUAAAUGGACAAUGGACGGAAAUUUUCAUUGUUCAACAGAAAGGUUACUGGGUAUAAUGCCAUUGGCAACAAUGGCGGAUUAUUACUAUUGGAUUUUCCAAAGUACCUUUCUUAUAAUAUCAUAUACAACUUUAGACUAACCUUAAAAUCUGAAGAUUGGUUUUAUUUGAUUUUAAAAUUUAUUAUGUUUAGAUUAGGGUCUUAAAAAUUUUCGUGGGAAAAGGCAAAUUAGUGUAUAGUGUAUAUUGCAUUGGGGAUAUUCCCCGACAACUUUUGUUUUAAAAAGUUUUAAUAUAAACAGAGGAAAAAAAAUGAAAGAAAAAAAUAAUUAUGAGGGGAGAUAUAUGUGGUAGCUGUCGUCGUUGGCCGCUAGUGGCCCGGAAAAAUAUUAUUUUUUCUUAAGAUGACUCUGUACUGGAUGGAUGGAUGGAUGGAUAGAUGGAUAGAUGGAUGGAUGGUGGAGCCUUGCUGAGUAUGCAGCCGGCUAGACAUGCGUAUAGUUUAUAUAUAUGUAUUAACUUCUUCUCGUUCUUGUUCUUUAACUUCUUCUUGCUCUUGUUCUAAAUCUUCUUUAUCUUAUUUUGCUUGUAUGCUUGGUUAGGUGGCUAAGCCACUAAUACACAACAUAUAUAUAAUAUAACACAGAGUAGCAGCAGCAAAGUCAACUCUUAACUUCUUUCUUUAUAUUCAUACAGCAGUCGCGUCAAUUUCUCUCUCGGGGGGCCCACGAGACCGACCCCGUAUCGUGUGAAUAUUUUGGAUAGCUUUCGUGGUUAUUUUAAAACCACGGCCAAACCAAAACUCACAACUAAACGCGGUUUACAGUUUUGCGGUAUGAGUAUUAACAGAUCUACGAUUUACGUUGUUUUUAUUAUAAUUACAAACAUUUAUUACUUUUAUUCACCAAACGUCAUAAUUUAUUUAUUUUUUUUUUUUUUA